AUGGAAAAAGAUAAUAACGAGCCAAGUUCGAGCGCGAAGAGAGUUUAUGGGGAGCUCCCGAAGAAAUCAAAUUCAUUUGCCGGAGAAACGGUUGGUUGGCCGUUUGCCCUAACAUACAGGCACUCUCACCCCAACUCCGUUUGCCUUUUAGUCACCCGGGGAAUGUCUACUAAAAGCUCUCAAACUUUCCGCGAACACAGCGUCGGGGAGGUCAUCUCCGAUCUUCCCUUCUGCGGUGAGAACGGUGAGCCGGAACUUCAACAAAGAUCAAGUCCCGAAGGUGAGCUUGAGAUUGGAGACAACAUGUCUUCGUUGAGCGAUCAACACAGGAGAAACAGUCAUAUAGCCGAGGGUGAUCGUAGUUCUUCGGCUGGCUCGUCCUUGGGAUCGUGCUCGCCACCGCCAACGUCAAGCCAUUCGCCACCACCUCCAAGGCCACCGUGGCUUCACGAUUUUCAUGCCGCUGCCGCGCCCCACGUUCUGCAGUUCCUCAAUCUGAGCGCUGCUGGUGGUGGGAUGCUCGGUAAUCAACCGUUGGCUGCUUUACAUUCGAUGGCCGAACGAAGCCAUCAGCAACAGCAGCAACAACAACAGCAUCAACACCAGCAACAACAACAGCAACAGCAACAACAACAACAACAACAUCAACAGCAGCAAGGACUCCAAUUGCCGCGUAUUAGUGUUCCUCUCGCGACAUUGACCACUCAAGGUGGGCAAUCUUCGCCGACGGGCAGCACAGGAAAACACAGUCCAGCCACCUCGAUUACAUCGGUCGGCAGCAAUCCUCAUGGUAUAGACACGAUACUCUCGAGACCGGCGGCCGCGCAUCCGCAACCUCCUGUGCCCGCCUCGCACGCCGCCCUUCAACCAGCACCGCAUCCCCAACACAUGGCGGCACCACGUUACGCCAUGCACGCAGGAUUCACCGCGUCUACCGGUAUUGGACAGUUCCAACAAAGGACAGAACCACGACAUCCGGCUGUCUAUUGGCCGGGUCUUCAAGGGUUGGUCAGCGAUCCUUUAGCAUGGCGAGCAAGAUUACACACGUUAUCUCAACAGCUCGGCUGUCAGCAGGGAAUGACAGGUGCUGGUGGUGGUGCUGGAGAACACGAAGGUGGAAAGAAAAAGCACACGAGACCGACAUUUAGUGGGCAGCAGAUAUUCGCUUUGGAGAAGACUUUCGAACAAACGAAGUAUCUCGCUGGACCUGAACGCGCUAAAUUGGCUUACGCGCUUGGAAUGUCAGAAUCGCAAGUGAAGGUAUGGUUUCAAAACAGAAGGACAAAGUGGCGGAAGAAGAACGCCGCGGAAAUGGCGACGGCGAAGAGACGUCAAGAAGAGGUUGAGGGUAUAGUGGCGGAGGGUGAGGACGGUUGCAGCGACGCCGAAGCUGAUGGUAGUAGCGAGACGGCCGCAAAGAGGCUGAGGAGGGAACUCGAGCAGCAGUACAGGCAUUGAAAGAUGCGAGAAAGAAGAGGAAGAGAAAAAUGGCGGUGAUGGGAGAAGAA